AUGACUCCCACGGCCCCCGACUUAGACGCCAACUACUCGAUACCGCACGAGAGAAAAGCCCAGUCUGCGCUUUUACUCAAGGCGCCUCGAGAAAAAUACACCUUGGUCAAUGAUUUUCCAAUUCCCACAUUGCAGGACGCCGAGGAGAUCCUCGUACAGACGGAGGUGAUUGGACUGAACCCGAUUGACUGGAAAUCACCAGACUUUAACUUUGGGAUACCGCAUUUGCCGUUCCUGCCCGGCCGGGAACUGGUCGGCAUCGUGACUCAAAGCCAUGCCGCGGCACGCUUCCGGCGCGGCGACAGAAUCAUCGCCAUCUCCACAGACUACCGAGACGGCAGGAAAGCCGCGUACCAAGAAUUCGUCGUCGCGCUGAGCUACAACGCGGUGCGCCUCCCGCCGCAGAUGUCGUCGGCCGACGGCGCCGCGCUCGGCGUCGCCUUCGUGACCGCCGCGCUGGCACUUGGGAGCUGCUUCGGGCUGAGCUUCAGCGACUCUCACGGCGGGCCAGAUUUACGGUCGGUGAUCCGUCGAGUAGGCGGCGACCGGAUACCGGAGGAUGUCCGCCACGAGGCGCUGCACUCGAUCGAGGACCACGAGCGGGCGCUGGACGGCGACUGGAUCGCGAUCUGGGGAGGAUCGGCCACGUCGGCGUGCUUGCUGAUUCAGCUGGCCCGGCUUGCUGGGCUCAAGGUCGCCGUGGUCGUGGACCAGGCGCGCCAUGGGUUCUGGCUCUCCACGGACGGCCACGUGCGGCCCGACCUGCUAAUAGACAACAGCGACCCGAAACGAGCAGUUGAAGUACUCUCCGCCACGAUUGGCGAGAGGCUCUAUUUCGGCAUUGACACCAGCGGAAAGGACAGCGCCGCGUUCCUCCUCCGAGCCUUGCAAAAACCGCCAUCGGGAGAAUCGCAGCAAUCGCCGUCGCCACCGCCGACUCCGCCAACACGAACGCCGAGACGGAGACACCUGAUCGGGCUGGCGGGUCUGCCAGUGAACGAGUACCCGAAGGAGCUUCAAAUGCAUUCCGUGCCGCUCAAGCUGUUCCACGAGGUUCCCGAGGUCGGCCGGGCGCUGAGCGAGUGGAUGGAGGUGCUGCUGCAUAGCGGACGGCUGCAUGCGCCGAGGAUACUGGGGAUUCACUCGGGUCUUGCGGAUGUAAAUAAAGCGCUCGACCGCAUGAGGAACGGCGAGAUACGGGGUGGGAAACUAGUCGUCACAGUUUAA